AUGACUUCCACUCCGAUUUCUUGGGCCAAGGUCGCCGUCACCAAGCCAAAACCAAAGCCCACUCCACAGAAGACUUCUUCUCCCGCCCAGCAUUUUCCUGCUCUCGCGAAACAGUCAUCAGCCAAGGCUCCACCAGGAUUCGAAGCUGUCAAACCUUCCGUCCCACAGUCUCCGGCCCCCGUCAAGAAGAAACCCCUCACAAAGACCCUGAGCGAGGAAACUGGCAAGCCAAAGCUAUCGGAUAUCCUCCGCCGAGAGACUGUCGCCCCGAAGAAGAAGCCCCAGCAAAAGCUGAAACGAAGCAUCGAUUCGGGUCUCGUAGCACUGGCCGACGCGAAGCAACAGAAGUACCAGACGAUUUCGUACAUUCGCAGCCAGUAUCAAGGCGUCAAGGGAACGAGCCAGCUCAAAAAGCUCGUCGAAGGACUUCGCCUUUCAAAGGAGAAAGAGAUCGAGAAACUCCGUCAACUGGAGCAUGAGAUCGAAGCAGUGGAGCAGAAACUCAAAUUCGACAAGGACGGCUCCAGCUCCAUUCCCGAGUUCCAGAUGAUGUCCAAGGAGAUCCGCCUUCGCAAACGAAGGAUCGAGCUCGUCCGCAACCACAUCAAAGCUGCCAACGAACGGAUCGAGAUCCUCUUGGACGACGACAAUGCUGGAAACGAUCUGAUCGACAACAUCAAUAAUCUCAUCGAUGAAUUCAACGAAGAGUUCAUCUUUGAUCCCAGUCGAAUGACUCCAUCUGCAGAUUCCUUGGGAUCCUCAGCUCCUUCGAUCGAAUCUUUCAGCUCAUCGGGCCGAAGCGACUCGCUAGACAGCCUAGGAGACUCCCGGCCCUCCACUCCUGCGUCGCUCAACCCUUCCGCAGAAGUCUUCUCGCCAAGCAAGAGCCGUCCAUCGACUCCGAUCAUGUCGACUGCCCAGCGAUACAAGAAGUGGGUCGAGGAGAAGAUGGCUCCUGAAUUCGCAGCGAUGAAUGCCGAACCACCACAGCAACCAGCUCCAGCCAUGCCCAUGAUCCCCAACGUUCCACGAUACUGCGCCCUGGUCACCUACAUGCCCGGAUUGUGGAUGAUGCAAUCGCCAGUUGCUGUCAACUGCUACAAAUAUAUUAUACUGCCAAAAUCCAGAAAUGUGCCCGCUGUACUUCACACUACCCAACCUUACUGUACUACCGGUCAAUUCUCCCACUAA